AUGGGUAGUGCCUACCACUGGGAGGCUCGGCGUCGGCAGAUGGCUUUGGAACGGAGGAAGGCGCUGAUAGCGCAACAGCAGCAAGAGCAGGAAGUAAAAAAACAGGAAGAGAAGAAACAGCAUUCCGAGAAAACAUCUCAGCCACAUCAGGAUUCAAAAGGGCCUCUUCCGCCACCAGCAAAGCCACAGCCACCGCCACCGCCUGCACAGCCACAGGAGCAGGCGCACCCCCAGCCACCACCUGGACCAAAGCCACCAAAGGAGCCUGACCCUCCCACACAGAGCACUGGCAAGGACAAUCUCCAGAAGGACACCCAAAGGCAAGACCCUCAGCCUGGACCAGCGGGGGCCCAACAAGAUGGGCAGCAAGUCUGUAGACCGCGUGGACCCCCAAUCCUUCCAGGUCGUGGUCUCCCGAAUGUAUGCCAGCCUAGCUCUCCUAAAUAUUCCCGACUCACGUCGACUAAUUACAUCCAGCAAUGGUGAUCCAGGGACUCCAGGACCUGACGGUACCGCAGAGCAAAAACAAAAGCAACCAAAAAAACAAUCCAGAAAAAACCCAAACGACAACAAAAACCAGACAGCAACCACACUUUCUUUCCACCCCGCAACCUUUCUACUCCAAAAAGCCAGCCACACUUGGAGAGGAGGCUCGCUGGGGAUUAAAACGUGAUUCCUGGAAAGAACCAAGGCUGGUCGUCGUAAUGAGCACGGGAUGGAGGGAGGAGAGCAGGAGGACCCGUACUUGGGGGUAGAGGAGAGUAGAAGGCGAGCCCACGCUGUCUGAGUCGAGGGAACACAUGGUCUUGAGCCGCACCCUCUGGUUAUUACCCGGUUCCUUAUCCAGUGAUGACAGAUGUCUUGGCUUAUUAACGCCCCUCUCUCAAACCAAGCCCAGGAAAGUCGUCCUGUAUAUGUGUUGCUUUUAUUGGUUAAUGAAUAAAGAAUCUGCUUUGGCCUAUC